AUGGGAAGCAAACGAUUUGCAGGGGGAGCAAGUGGUAGUAGUCAACCGCAAUACCGUCGCACUCAAAGCCUUCGAGACCCACUUCCAUCUCCUCCGGUACCAAUGCCACACAAGAACACUAGAGCAAAACAGAGAACAAUCAAAGGCAUGAUUAGAAACUCAGCAGAGGUACUUGGAAGAUACUGCAGCAAAUUCUUCAUACUUGAGAAUGUGGCUCCUCAAAAAGCAAGUUCCCCUCAUUUCAAGAAUAUGAUUGCUGCAGCCCAACAAGCAGGUCAAGGCGUAGCCACACCAUCACCGUAUGAAAUAAAGCAUAAGUACUUAGAUAUGGAACACACAGACAUGCAAGCCUAUGUGGAAAAGGUAAAGGUAGAUUGGGGCGUGUAUGGAUGCACCAUCAUGAGUGAUGGAUGGACUGGCCCCCACGAGGAUGUCAUAAAAGAGGUUGGGCCGUCGAAUGUUGUUCAUAUUGUCACCGACAAUGGUUCAGCCUUUGUUAAGGCUGGACAAAUGAUGAUGGAGCGGUACCCUAUUUAUUGGACUCCUUGUGCUGCACAUUGCAUUGAUUUAAUAUUUGAAGAUAUUGGGAAGCAAGAGUCGGUGGCUAAUGUCAUAAAUAAGGCUAGGAAAUUAACCAACUACAUUUACAAUCAUAGUUGGCUAUUGGCUCAGAUGAGGAUCUUCUGUCAAGGAGAUUUGGUCCGACCCGGUGCAACUCGAUUUGCGACAAACUACAUCACCAUCAAUAGCAUCUUAAAUAAGAAAGCUGGGUUGAAGCAACUUUUUACAAGUGAGGAAUGGUAUAAUAGUCGAUUUAGUGAAUCAGAAGAGGGGAAGAGAAUUGAAAGUCGAGUCCUUGAUCAUAGAUUCUGGGAUGCCAUGGAAGGAGUGCAAUCCAUCUAUGAGCCUUUGUAUAGCAUCUUGCGAAUUGUUGACACAGAGGUAGUUCCUACCAUGCCUAUCUUAUAUGAUAUGUUUCACAUAAUGAAAGAGAAGAUUUCUAAGUUGAAGGGAAAAAAAUGGCUUCUCAAAAUCAUCAAUCACAGAUGGGAUGUCACAUUAUCUCGUCCAUUACAUCAAGCUGCCCACUACUUGAACCCUAGAUAUCAAUAUGAAACAGGGGUUGGCCACAAUAAAGAGUUACUUUCAGGACUCCAACGCGUAUUUGAAAGGUUGAACCCAACUGGGGAUAGAGGUUUGCAAGCAUUUGGGGCUGAGGUGAUAAAUUUUAGAGACUGUAGAAAGACAUUUCGCACUGAGAUGGCCGUCAAAUCAAGAAAAUCGAUCCCCCCAGCAGAAUGGUGGAAUCUUCAUGGUGAUUUUGCCCCGAACUUGCAAAAAAUUGCUAUGCGUAUAUUGUCACAGACAGCAUCAUCAUCGGCAUGUGAGCGAAAUUGGAGUACAUUUGCUCUUAUUCACACGAAACAAAGGAACCGUCUCGCAUAUACUAGGCUGGAAAAGAUUGUCUUUUGCUAUUAUAAUAUGAAACUUAAGCUACGUGAUGAAGAGGCUGAAAUGAACAAGGUUGCAGAAAAUGACUACAUAGACCUUCUUGACAUUGCAGGGCAACCAUCUGAUGAUGAUAAUAAUCCAAUUCAACAAUGGAUUAUGACAGCUCACUUGGAUGAUGAACAAGGCAACCCUGAUGCCGUUAUAGCACAACAUGCUGCCCAAGAAGGAGUUGAUGUUGAUAGAGUCAUAUCCAAAGAUGUUAGGAGUGGAGAUACUUCAUCAUUUGAAAGGGAUAUGCUUGGACCUAGGCAAUGUCAAAGACGUCCCUUGAGAGACGAUGCUAGUGCUAGUAGAAUGGAAAGUUCAUCCAAUUCGUCAGAUAAUGAUGGAGGAAGUAAUGCUGGAUCGGGAGGUAAUGAAGAAGGAAGACAAUACAGCCCAUUUACUGUUGAGGCUGAUUUUACUCAUGCCACCCAAGAUGAGGAUCAUGGAUGCAGAGAAGCUGGACCAGGCAUUGGCGCAAUUGGGAAGCAAUACUCAAAGAAAAGAAGCCAACCAAUCAAUCCAUCUGAAGAGGACAUGGCGAUCAGUUUUGGAUCUAUGAGCAUAGGAACUAGACCUAGUACUAACUCAAAUGAAUCUUAUGAUGGCUAUGGUUAUGUCAUGUCUGAUUAUAGUGGAACUAGAUAUGGAGCUCAAGAUGAGGAAACAGAUUAUGGACCUACUAGUUGGGUUAAUCCUAACUAUCCCAUAUAUGGGAUGACAGUAGGGAGCUCAAGAGAGACAUAUGUGCACCAUGUUCAAACAUGGCUUACAAACUACUCGGGUUACAUGACUUGGUAUGAUUAUUGUAUGAAUCUAGAUGGUUGUUCCUCAUUGUUUGAACCUCAUAGGAGCUCUUCAUUUAUGUAG